AUGGCGGAGAACAUCUACAGCAAGGGCACCAGGGUCUGGUUUGAAGACAAGGACCAGGCCUGGAUAUCUGGCGAGGUGAUUUCAGUUACCAAGAACGCCGACGACACCAUCAAGCUUGUUUUCGUUGACGAACGCGGAAAAGAAACUACCGUUGACACCUCAGUACAAGAGAUCAAAGAUGGAAGUGAAAAUCUGCCACCACUGCGGAAUCCACCUUUACUUGAAACCGCGGAUGAUUUAGCUACUCUUUCUCAUCUGAACGAGCCCUCUGUACUUCACACCAUUCGCAAUCGUUACGCACAACACAGUAUCUACACAUACAGCGGUAUUGUGCUCAUUGCUGUCAAUCCUUUCCAACGCGUCACCCUCUAUGGUCCGGAAAUUAUACAAGCUUAUGCUGGUCGACGGCGAGGCGAUCUGGAACCUCAUCUGUUCGCCAUUGCCGAAGACGCGUACACUGCCAUGAGAAAGGAAGGCAUGGGUCAGACUAUCAUUGUGUCAGGGGAGAGUGGUGCAGGCAAAACCGAAUCCGCGAAAUUCAUCAUGCGGUAUCUCGCUUCUGUAAACCCACCCGAUGCGAAUUCGAAAGCCAAGCUUAAAUUGUCACUCGAUGAUUCGAGUGAAAUAGAAAAACAAAUUCUUGCUACCAAUCCUAUCCUUGAAUCCUUCGGUAAUGCGAAGACUACCCGGAAUGACAACUCUUCGCGAUUCGGAAAAUACAUUCAGAUCCUUUUUGAUGGGAAGCAGGAGAUAGUUGGGGCACGAAUCCGGACAUAUCUACUCGAGCGUUCGAGAAUUGUGUUUCAGCCUCUCACAGAGAGGAACUAUCACAUUUUCUAUCAACUAUGUGCUGGUGCGCCCCUCAAAGAACGCAAAGAUCUUGGUCUGGACACAGACAUCACCAAAUUCCACUACCUCAAGCAAGGUGGCCCAUCCUCGACACCAAUUGCUGGCGUAGACGAUGCUGAGGAAUUUAGAGCCACUCAACAGGCUCUAUCAGUCGUCGGUAUCAGUGUCGAAAAACAAUGGGCCGUGUUUCGAUUGUUGGCCGCACUUCUUCACUUGGGAAACAUCAAGAUCACCCAACUUCGGAAUGACUCCUCCAUUGACGAUAACGAUCCUGCCUUGCUCCUCUCGACAAGGUUCUUAGGUGUCAAUGUCGCAGAAUUCAAAAAGUGGACCGUCAAGAAACAGAUCAUCACCCGUUCAGAGAAGAUCGUCACAUCACUCAAUGGAGCUCAAGCCACUGUGGUUCGAGACAGCGUUGCCAAAUUCGUUUAUGCAUGUAUGUUCGAAUGGCUGGUGGCAAUAGUCAACGAGAGUCUGGCCGGUGAAAACGGAGAUGCGGCGGAACGAGCUGAGAUGUUUAUCGGAGUAUUGGAUAUCUAUGGGUUCGAGCAUUUCAAAAAGAACUCUUUCGAACAAUUCAGUAUCAACUAUGCGAACGAGAAACUUCAGCAAGAGUUUAAUUCUCAUGUCUUCAAACUAGAACAAGAGGAGUACGUCAAGGAAGAAAUCAACUGGACUUUCAUCGACUUUUCCGACAACCAGCCUUGUAUCGAUGUUAUUGAGGGAAAACUCGGUGUUCUUGCUCUUUUGGAUGAAGAAUCUCGUUUACCAUCCGGGAGUGAUCAGUCGUUCCUCCAAAAGCUCAAUAAUCAGCUUCUGAAACCUCAGAACAAGGUAUUUAAAAAGCCUAGGUUUGGAAAUACGGCUUUCACCAUUGCCCAUUAUGCGCUGGAUGUCACUUAUGAAGUUGAAGGUUUUUUGGAGAAAAAUAGGGAUACCGUACCCGACGAACAUAUGACGCUAUUGGCAACGACCAAGAAUUCCUUUUUGAAGGAGGUCCUUGAUGCCGCUCUCAAUUCCACUAAAGCUCCGGACAGCCCCAAUCCUGGGUCUCCAGCCGGCUCAGAUUCUGGUAGCGGUUCACGCCGUUCUUCCGUUAUCCCUGAUCCUGGAAGACAGUCCUGGGUGGCUCCAUCGUCUGGUGCUACACCUUCUGCCAGCAGCGGGCCAAAGCGUCCUGGUGGUUUCGUGGCUAGAAAGCCUACACAAGGUUCCAUUUUCAAAGCCUCGUUAAUCACGCUCAUGGAGACACUCAGCGUGACGAAUGUUCACUACAUUCGAUGUAUCAAGCCCAAUGAAGCGAAAAGACCAUGGGAGUUCCAGCCUCAGCAGGUUUUGAGUCAACUUCGAGCCUGUGGUGUUUUGGAGACCAUUCGAAUCAGUUGCGCCGGAUAUCCUACCCGAUGGACCUACGAAGAAUUCGCUGAACGAUACUACAUGCUUGUAAACUCGAGCGUCUGGCAACCCAUGAUCCAGAGCUUGGAUUUGAAAAAGCUUUGUUCAAUCAUUUUAGAGAAUUCUCUCAAUGAUCCCGACAAAUAUCAGAAUGGUUUAACCAAAAUAUUUUUCCGAGCUGGAAUGCUUGCUGCACUGGAGUCUUUACGGUCUAACAGACUCAACUACAUGGUCACUGUCGUGCAGAAGAACAUGCGCCGGCAUAUGGCUGUGAAGAAGUAUCAGCGGUUGCGCGCAUCCACCAUCAAAAUCCAGACUUGGUGGAGAGGCAUUCUGGCUAAGCGUCUCGUCAAGCAUGUCCGUCGCCAAGGGGCUGCUCUACGCUUACAACGUGCCAUUCGACAAUAUUUGCAAAGGCAAAAGUUCUUGAACAUUCGACGUUCUGUCAUUCUCAUUCAAUCCCGUAUUCGUGGUCAGCAAACACGAUUUUUAUUCAAGGAACAAAGAAGUACUUCAGCUGCUACCUUGCUGCAAAGCUUGCUACGUGGAACUCUGACACGUCGAUCCUUCCGUUCCGAUGUUAAGCAUAUUGUUUAUCUUCAGUCCUGUGUUCGGCGUCGCCUUGCGCGGAAGCAGCUCAAAGUUCUCCGUCAAGAAGCUCGAUCAGUAUCCAAAUUUAAGGAGAUAUCAUACAAGCUGGAAAACAAGGUUGUGGAGCUCACACAGACUCUCCAGACCCGUACACAAGAGAGGAAGGAUCUACAGGCACAGGUCACUGAACUCGAGCAACGGAUCCAACAUUGGACUAGUCGUCAUGAAGAAGUAGACAACAGGGCACGGCAAUUUCAGGCAUCUCUGCAGGCUGCAGAAGCAGAAGUUGCUCGGCGGGACGAACUCUUGCUAGCCAAGGCAGAUACGGAGAAGAGACUAGAGGAAGCUCUAGCGAAGGUUUUCGAGAAGGAGGAAACCAUACAAAAAUUGACUGACGACUUGCUUGCUAAGUCGACUCAACUCGAGCACCAACAACGCACAAUCGAUGCAAACCCUGUUCGCACCCAGGAAGAUAGCUCAGUGAUCAUGACGCUCAAGAAUGAAGUCAGCAACCUCAGGGAACAAUUGAACAGAUCAAAUGCAUUGAACGCUCUCACCAGAGGCUCACGCGCUGAUCCUCCAUUAUCUCCCACGUUUGCUCCUGCUCUUCGUGGCGCCGAAACAAACGGUGCUGUUCCGGCCGCAAACGGCCACGCCCCUCAAGGCCAUCAGAGAAGACACAGUUCUGCUGGCGUCUAUUCUCUCGCACCCUUGGAUAACCGUUCAUCAACCGACGAGAUCAUGAUAGAUGUGAAGAGGUCACAAGCCAUGAACCCUCGUGCGGUAUCGGUCGUCUAUAACGGUGAAGAUAACUUUUUCAAAUUCCACAAAAAUGGCCUAUCAGGCAUCCGCGAUGAUGAUCCUGCUGAAGAAAAAAUUCGUCUCAUGCAGGACGUCAAGCGUUUAGAUGAGGAUAUCCUAGAUGGACUGAUCAGAGGGCUCAAGAUUCCAGCGCCAAGUCUCACCAACCCUUCAGCAGUGAAGGAAAUCUUGUUCCCUGCGAAUCUUAUCAGUCUUGUAACCAACGAAAUGUGGAAAUACGGCCUGAUCCCAGAGAGCGAGAGAUUCCUUGCCAACGUUAUGCAGACCAUUCAGUCGCAUGUUAUGUCCUUCUCUGGUGAAGAUGCCAUCGUCCCAGGCAUCUUUUGGCUAUCGAACGUCCACGAAAUGCUUUCUUUCAUCUGUGUGGCAGAGAGCGACAUGCUUCAGGGAAUUGGCCCAGGCGAAGAAAACUUGGUUCGACCGUUUGAUUGGAACGACUACGAACGACUUGUCUCGGUGGUGAAACAUGAUCUGGAUAGUCUGGAAUAUAACAUCUACCACACGUGGAUGCUGGAAACUAAGAAAAAACUUUCAAAAAUGGUUAUUCCUGCCCUGAUUGAGAGUCAAUCGCUCCCCGGCUUCACUACUAGUGACGGAGGCGGGCGUCUAUUUAACCGUCUUCUUAACACUAACACCCAGCCGGCCUACAGUAUGGAUGACAUCUUGAACUUGCUGAACAAGGUGUGGAAGAGCUUGAAGAGUUACUACAUGGAAGAAUCGGUAGUACAGCAAGUCGUCACCGAGCUUCUGAAGCUCAUUGGCGUCACGAGUUUCAAUGAUUUGCUUAUGAGACGAAACUUUUCCUCCUGGAAACGAGCUAUGCAAAUUCAGUAUAACAUCACCCGCAUUGAAGAAUGGUGUAAAUCACACGACAUGCCUGAAGGUACUCUUCAAUUGGAACACCUAAUGCAGGCCACCAAGCUGUUACAACUGAAGAAAGCUACUGCUGCUGAUAUUGAGAUUAUUUACGAUGUCUGCUGGAUGUUGAGUCCCAUGCAGAUUCAACGAAUGUGUACGAAUUAUUAUGUCGCCGAUUAUGAGAACCCCAUAUCUCCCGAAAUUCUGCGAGUAGUCGCGUCUCGAGUACAGGCUAAUGAUCGCAACGACCACCUCCUGCUCUCCCCAGAAACAGAAGAUGUAGGACCUUACGAACUCCCCCUUCCUCGAGAUGUCUCGGGUUUAGAGACCUAUGUCCCGGCCUAUUUAAACGUAUCACAUUUGAGGCGUCUUGCCGCGUUGGUGUCAUAG